AUGAUACAAAUCCGUGAUAAGCUCAAGGCUGCCCAAGAUAGGCAGAAAAGUUAUGCUGAUAAGAGGAGAAAACCUUUUAAAUUCAAAAUCGGAGAUAAAGUUAUGUUAAAAGUGUCACCGUGGAAAGGUGUCUUGAGAUGUGGGAAGAAGGGCAAGUUAAGCCCAAGAUACAUUGGACAAUUUAAGAUAAUCAAAUGUGUCAGUUCCGUUUCUUACAAGAUUAAGCUACUUGAGGAACUAAGUGAGAUACAUGAUGUAUUCUAUAUAUUGAAUUUGAAGAAAUGCUUAGCCGAAGAGUCACUAGCAAUGCCUCAUCAUGAUGUUCAAAUUGAUGAGAAAUUAAGAUUUAUUGAAAAACAUUUGUCGAUCAAGGAUCGAUAG